AUGAGCAGAGCGGUGGCUGUUUUGAAGGGCGAUACCGGUGUUGAGGGAGUUGUUUGGUUCAAGCAGGAAAAUGAAAGAGAUGAAGUGCAUAUAAAGGGCCGAAUCAUGGGCCUAUGUCCGGGUAAACACGGCUUUCACAUUCACGUUUAUGGUGAUUCGACCGAUGGCUGUACUUCAGCCGGUUCACACUUCAAUCCAUACAAUAAACAACAUGGAGGACCUUUUGUAAAACAAAACCUCUUGAAUAUCAAACUUUUUCUGGAUGACAAUCGCCAUGUUGGCGACUUGGGCAACGUGUUGGCCAACACUGAUGGAGUGGUGAUUUUCGAUUUGAUUGAUCAUCAAAUCAAGUUAUUCGGCGAGCAUUCGGUGAUCGGUCGCUCAAUGGUCAUUCAUGCGAAAGAGGAUGAUUUGGGAAAAGGUGAGGGUGAUGCGCGGGAAGAAUCGCUGAAAACCGGUAAUGCCGGUUCAAGAGUGGCUUGUGGUGUAAUUGGCAUUGCUGGACCAGAAGAAGAA